AGCCUAGAGAUCUUGGGGCUGCAGCCCUCGCGGCCUGCCGACGGGGCAGACGGCGCCGGUGGAACUGGCUCCCUGCAGCUCUGCGGCGGCGCGCGGACCUCGGCUGUGUGCGAGGUGGCGGAGGAGGCUGGCGGGAUGCGAGCCGGACCUCGGCGCCAGCAUCUUCUACCUCCUCAGGACAACCGCGCAGCCAUGGGCUACCAGAGGCAGGACCCUGUCAUCCCACCGCAGAGAGAUCUAGAUGACAGAGAAACCCUUGUUUCUGAACAUGAGUAUAAAGAGAAAACCUGUCAGUCUGCUGCUCUUUUUAAUGUUGUCAACUCGAUUAUAGGAUCUGGUAUAAUAGGAUUGCCUUAUUCAAUGAAGCAAGCUGGGUUUCCUUUGGGAAUAUUGCUUUUAUUCUGGGUUUCAUAUGUUACAGACUUUUCCCUCAUUUUAUUGAUAAAAGGAGGGGCCCUCUCCGGAACAGACACCUACCAGUCUUUGGUCAAUAAAACCUUCGGCUUUCCAGGGUAUAUUCUCCUCUCUGUUCUUCAGUUUUUGUAUCCUUUUAUAGCGAUGAUAAGUUACAAUAUAAUAGCUGGAGAUACUUUGAGCAAAGUUUUUCAAAGAAUCCCAGGAGUUGAUCCUGAAAACGUAUUUAUUGGUCGCCACUUCAUUAUUGGGCUUUCCACAGUUACCUUUACUCUGCCUUUAUCCUUGUACCGAAAUAUAGCGAAGCUUGGAAAGGUCUCCCUCAUCUCUACAGGUUUAACAACUCUGAUUCUUGGAAUUGUAAUGGCGAGGGCAAUUUCAUUGGGUCCACACAUACCAAAAACAGAAGAUGCUUGGGUAUUUGCAAAGCCCAAUGCCAUUCAAGCGGUCGGGGUUAUGUCUUUUGCAUUUAUUUGCCACCAUAACUCCUUCUUAGUUUACAGUUCUUUAGAAGAACCCACAGUAGCUAAGUGGUCCCGCCUUAUCCAUAUGUCCAUCGUGAUUUCUGUAUUUAUCUGUAUAUUCUUUGCUACAUGUGGAUACUUGACAUUUACUGGCUUCACCCAAGGAGACUUAUUUGAAAAUUACUGCAGAAAUGAUGACCUGGUAACAUUUGGAAGAUUUUGUUAUGGUGUCACUGUCAUUUUGACAUAUCCUAUGGAAUGCUUUGUGACGAGAGAGGGUGUGCUCUGUGCAACUCCCCUCAUUUUUAUCAUUCCAUCAGCCUGUUAUCUGAAACUGUCUGAAGAACCAAGGACACACUCCGAUAAGAUUAUGUCUUAUGUCAUGCUUCCCAUUGGUGCUGCGGUGAUGGUUUUUGGAUUCGUCAUGGCUAUUACAAAUCCUCAAGACUGCACCCACGGGCAGGAAAUGUUCUACUGCUUUCCUGACAAUUUCUCGCUCACAAAUACCUCAGAGUCUCAUAUUCAGCAGACAACACAACUUUCUAUUUUAAAUAUUAGUAUCUUUCAAUGAGUUGGCUGCUUAAAAAAAUAUGUAUGUUUUCAUAGACUUUAAAAAACAUAACAUUUACAUGUUUUAGUCUGUCUUUAUAUUAUAUAAAAUUGUUAUUUUGGCAUUUUUCAAGACUUGGCUUUCAUGACUCUUUAGUGCAAUAUCAAAGAUAAAAGAAAAAUUGAAUGUAUUUCACCUUUAACUGGAACAAAAUAAGUGUUUUGUUCUAAUGACUGCACUACACUAAUGCUGAUUGAAGAAGGGAGAGUGAAGCCUUUAGCAUUUUCCCCGUUUUAUUUAAUAUGCAAACCAGUAUAUUGUGCUCCAAAAUAAGUAGGCGAUUGUGGGUUGGAAUUUUGUGUAGAUGUCUUUUGGUCGGGGGCGGGGGGCAUUUUAUUUGUCCUUAAAAAUCUGUCGAACUGAAGAGAAGGGAAACCCACAACUAUUGAAAAGAAGACAUAUCCCAAGAGCAAAGAGAUCUCCAUUAUAAUUUCAGCAGCAUCCCUUAUUUAAAGGGAAGUGGAUCCCUGGAGAAAUGAGCACAGACCUCUCCUUGUGAGGAAGCCUGAAUCACAAACUGGCUGUGAGGAGCGAGGUGAGUGAAGAAUCAGAAUCACCUCCCAUCUUCCGCUGCUGUGGGAAUACAAUGGUAGCACCAUUCUAAAACAGAAAAAAAAAAAAAGCAGUUUUCUGUGGCAAGAACCUAAGAGACUGAUGAUAUGGACCAGUUGAAUUUUCAGUGCUGUCAGGAAUAUACAACGGGAAGCUGAACUUUGAAACUAGAAACGUGUAAGAAGAAUCAGGGCUACCGAAGAAGCUUUCUCAGUCCACUGGGGGUUCCUCAGAGAGAUUUCUGGGAGCUCUUGUUGACUGGGUCUUUGGGAGCAGAUAGUGAGAUGGAGUUUAUCAUAACUAAUGGGAGAGAGGGGAAAGCAGGAAUGGUAGGGAGAGGUAGAACUGCAAUGCAGGCUGACCUCAGCCAACUCCACAGGGAAGCUGGUGCGUACAUGACCCAUCAGAGUUGUCCCUGUUCGGGGGUAAUAACCCGGUUUUGAUACGGCUGCCUCCAUCAGUCAUUGAAUGUGAGCAUCUGGAGAAGGGUGAGUUCUUGGGCUAGGCAGCUUUUUGCAGCAGAGCAAACCCUAAAGGAACUGAGAGCUGGAGGUGGUCUACUGAUAGCUUCGUCACCACAUGCUUCCUUACAGGGGUAUCUGGGACACACAGCUGUGCCCACCACAGAUGCCCUUGGUUUACUGAUGAUUUUUAAAUGAUUUUUUAAUGAGGAUUUUGUGUCUUUGUAUCUAUGACAGUCUUUAAAAAGUAACAUGAAAAUUUGGGGCCAUCUGGAUGGCUUCCUUAUAUAGAGUAUCACCUAAGAUUUCCAUUUCAUUUGUAUUCCAAUCAGGUUGUCCAUCUGUGGCACUAUAUUAAUUGUUAUCAAAUAACAAGAAACUAUCACAAGCAGAGUUAAUACAUAUAUGAUAAGUUCGUACAAAUCAAAUGCAAAAAAAAAAAAACCUACAGGAAGUGUAUAAAGGGUAGGUUCAUAGUAGUUUGAAUAAAGUGGCAAGAGCUGAGUCACUGUGUGACUCAUAGUGGGAAAGGCCUAUUGAACACAGAGGAGGAUGCAUUUUAGCAGGUAGAACCAUGCUCAGGGUUUUAGUGGUGAUUUGUUUUUUCAAUAAAAUAUUAUCCUUGCCACUAAAUUAAUUUAAAUUCUGUUGAGUAACUUUUCUGUAUUUAACUUAUAAAUUUGUUUUUUAUAGUUAAGGGUCAUAGGCUAAGCAGUUUGUGCCUGUUUUUAGAUUGGUACAUGCUUAGGUAAAAUAUAAUAAAAAUGCUUUCAUUCCAUGUAAGAAAUGAGGAAAUGUAAGCAAGUUUUGCCACAGUCUGUCCUUACAUUGCUCAAGACUGAGAAACACUGACCUACAUAGUUAUUAAAUAAAGUCAUGAGGGAUGAGAUCUCUAAACAUGUACAAAGAAAAGUAUGUCAAGGAUAACAUAAUUUAGCACGUAACCAUCUCUUAUCUUGUACCUCAGUGUUGCUUCAUACUCUUCAAGUAGAUGAAAGCCCCUGGUAGGAAGGGAGCGCAUCAUUAGUACCUAAUAAAUAUGUAUUGGUUUAUUUGUUUUUAAUCAGCUGUAGAACAAGACUGCUUAUGACCCAGUUAUUAGCUGCAUGAAUUACCGACAUCUUUCCAAUUAGAAUUGAAUAAAUCUUAGGAACUCACAUUUAUUUGGCAAGAAUACUUGUAUGCUUAUUUUGCCAUCAUGCAUAACUACAAGAACCCCACCCUCCCAAUCUAUUUUCUGCCUCAGUUCAAUAAGAGAUUCCCCUGAAAAUCUUUCCAUCCCUGCCACUUGUUGCCCCUAACAAAGCAACUUGAAGGUUUUAAACCAGUUUUUGAAGCUGUCACUACACUUAAAUGUAUAAAGUGCUUCUUAACUUUAAAAAGGUGGUGGUAGGCAGGAACCAUAUCUUUACACACAAAUGAGAACAUCUAGCAAUACACUUCCUUUAAGGAUAUAAGUUGGAUAGCAUCUGUGUAAUUUAGAAAUUGAGUCAUUGUUCGCUUAUUAUAGAGUCUUUAUUAUCAACACUAACUUGAACCAUCUUCAAACAUCAGAAUGGGUAAACUGUCUAUGACCAUACCACCCUGAACACACCAGAUCUCAUCUGAUCCUGGAAGCUGAGCAUGGUCUGGCCUGGUUAAUACUUGGAUGGGAGAACAGGUAAACUGCCUUGCCUGGACUAUUUCCAAUGAUGCCAAACAAUAAUUGUUGCCUCUUGUCUUUCUUAAACGAAGACUGCAUCCAUUUUACCAAACUAAGAAGUUUACAGUUAGUCCUCUGCUGAAGUCAUACUAUACACAUCUACUUAAUUAAAGAUACAUUUAUUGAACAGAACAGGUCUUCUCCUGGUUUAUGUGCUGUAGCCUUGCUUAGGAAAGGAAUUAUACCCUGUCUUUUAAUUAGGGGUGGCUAUUGACUGGAGCAAAUGUUGUCAGGUUGUCCAAGAGUGGCCCAAGCAUGAAUCAAUGAGUGACCAUGAGUGAACUCAUCAGUGAGGGUCACUCAUCAGUGAUGGUCACUCAUCAGUGAUGAGUGAUGGUCACUCAUCAGUGAGGGUACCCAUGAAUGCUUUACUAACUGUGGCAAGGAUUGCUACUUCAAUAGAAUCAGUGCUCUUAAGAAUUUAUGCUCAUUCUAAAAAAUGUGUAAAGAAUUUGCCAUGAUAGCAGAGCAAGUAUGUAGAGUGGACCAGAGAUGCUGUGAGCUAGAGAACACAUAGACCUGGAGAGAAAGAAAAGAGCCCAGUCUUUGUCUAGAGUAGUGGCUUUUAAACUUGGACAUGUGUCGGAAUCACCCAGAGGCCUUGUUGAAACACAGAUUGCUGGGCUUCACCCCCACAGUUUUUGAUUCAGUACUUGGAGUGGGGCCUCAGAAUUUGUAUUUCUGAAAAGUUUCCAGGUGAUGCUGCUGCUUCUGCUGGCUCAGGGAUCACGUUUGAAAAAGGUUGGAAGUUGGACAUAAGAAAGUGCUAGAUGGAGCCAUUUAUUUAGAGGCUGGGACACAAUACAAGCAAGAUGUAGGAAUACCAUGCUAGAUCUCAGGGAAGAAAAUGAGACUGGAGAUGUAGGAGGGAGAGCAAUUGGUACAUAUUAAAUGUGUUAUACUUUGCCUCUUUGAAAAAUCAUUUAGAGACACAGUGAGAAGAGGAGAAACCAAGACAAUAAUAUUAGUGAAGAGCAAUGACAAAGGACAUGGGAGGAGAAUGAACACGGGAGAAAAUAGAGAUUACAACCCAAAAUCAACACAGCUAUGCUGGUUAAGCUACAGGCCUGGUUCUGAGCCUGCCAGCACUCAGGGAAGGUUGUCUGAGCUUUAUGGCUACCAUUGUGAGAAGGAAGAAAAUAUAUCAGUUUCUCAAAAGAACAUCAAGUUUUCCAAGGACUAAACUCUCAGCAGAAUGGCUUACUUGGAAAAUUACAUAGGGAACAUGAGUAAAACUGGGUUAUGAACAAUAACAUCAUUCAGAUAAAAAAUUUAUGUGGUUGUCUUUUAUAAGACACUUUUUCAUUCCAUUAAUGUUUGCUCAUUGAUAAUAAAGAUUAUCAAUACAUUUAGCUUUGGCAUUUUUAUGAUAGUAUUCAUGUAUGGUAAUAUGUAAAUGCUCCAUUAAAACAAAAACAAA